AUGACGACGACGCCUACGAACGUUUUUACGCGUUUCCUGCAUCGACUGGAGGAGCCAAAAGACAGCAAAUCGUCGGUGGAAAUCCCAAACUUUGAGGAUUCGAUUGGAGUCGAGUACCGCAAGAUUGGGAAGUUGCAUUGCUGGGAGGCCAAAGGCUCGGUUCGAAGGCGAUUCCUCGUCUUGAAAGACCACAUCAAGCAGUAUCUGGAAGACCAUGGAGCCGCGGUUUCGGCACCCGUCAUCUGGCAGGUCUACCUGAUCGGAAAAUCCAGAAAGAAGGCACGUCCGGCGGUCUUCUUCUGUAGCAGGGAGGCUCAUGCACGGAAGAUGAUUCGGAAACAGAUCGAGGACAGCAACAUCCUGGCCAACUUUGCAGACUUCAAGACUGGAGAUUGCGCCCAGCCACUUGAGUUUGAUCAACUCAAGCCGCUGGGAGCCGAUGACGCAAACGUAUCUCGUCCUUCGGCCAACAGAAACACCAAUUGCGAAAAUCCCACCGGUCGGCUGAUUUCAACUCAGCAAUGGAGGCCACCAGGCUUGAUUCAGCGGAAAUGCGCCACCGUUGGAGCUGUAUUCAGCUGGGAUGGCCUUUUGCUUUUCACGACGGCUGCACAUGCCUUUUUCGAGCACAGCUGCAUGGUUGAUUUCGAAACCAAUGGCCAUCUUGGUCUGGAGUUGAGCUUUGACGAAGAAGGAGGCAUGGAUUCCGACAGCAGCGAAGACGAAGACGAUACCAUCGACUUUCAAAGGCCACCGCAUGACGCAGCCAUCUUCCGUGAAUCGAAACCAUGCAGAAGAAACACAGAAGAUUCAGCUUCUGACGUGCCUGGAGCGUCGCAUACUUUUGACGCGAAUGAUGUUGUGCUCUCGUCAAAAGAUGGGCCGCAUCCUGGGCUGGACUAUUGCUUGGUCAUGUUGAGAGGGCAAAAGUCCGGGUAUCAUGAGAAAUUACCGCUCACACACUCUUUCUGCAACUACCAUGUCAUUCAGCCGCGCAUGCGUGCUAGCGACAGCCCUCGAGACGUUUCAGUUGUAGCCUACACCGGGUCUGGAAAUGCAAGAGACGGUAUGCUGUCGGGGACGCCUUCUUUCAUGACACUGCCCGGAGGCCAGAAGACACAGGAGCUGUGGUUAGUGAGGCUAGACGGAAGCGUCGAGGAGGGAGACUGUGGCUCUAUCGUGGUCAACAAGAAGACGGGCGACCUCGAGGGCCACAUUGUUGCUGGGUCGCCGGGUUCGGGAAAUGCGUACAUCAUCCCCGCCCAUGGAAUGCUCCAGGACAUUCGAAGACGACUGUCCUCGCGGCUCCAAAUUUGGAAUCAAUUCUCCAACUGUGCGCCCAAAGUUCCGACCCCGGCCAUCAACUCCGAAGAGGCUGUGGAUCUGGCGGGACGAUAUCGCGAGAUCUUGAGCGAGGCGCGAAAGGCGAGACUAUCUGCAGCACCUCGACUUCCCAUCCACAACAUACCUAUCAGUCCACAAAGACCUCUGGAUAGAAAGUCCCUUCGGUUCAGGAAGUUCAUGAGAUCUCUCUCAGAAAAUCCGUUGCGGUGGAACAACCCAGAUCUGCUCGACAAAGCUCUCGCAUACGUACCGUUAGACGUGCUGCACAGACAGGCAGAGAGCGAAUGUGAAGCCCUCCGCAUAGACGCCAAAUCCUACUCUCCAGCCAGGCGGCCGAUUCUGGGGUUCCAAGAUUGCGUCAUCCGAGCACUCCUGAGAUGGUUCAAGCGAUCAUUCUUCGCAUGGGUAGACAACCCGACCUGCUCAUGCUGCGGCAGCAAGACGACCCCGCUCGGCAUGGCAGCACCACGCUUGGACGAAAUGACGGGCGGUGCGAGACAAGUCGAGGCCUACCGGUGCGAGAACGAUUGCUGCGGCAAUCACGAACGAUUCCCGCGCUACACCGACCCUUUCAUCCUCCUGCGCACCAGAAAGGGCCGGUCGGGGGAGUGGGCUCAGUGUUUCUCCAUGCUCUGUCACGCCAUCGGGGCGAGGGUGAGGUGGGUGUGGAACGCCGAAGACCACGCUUGGACAGAGGUCUACUCGCAACACCUGAAGAGAUGGAUCCACGUGGAUGCUCAUGCCGAGUCGUGGGAUGAGCCGUUGACCUACUGCGAAGGAUGGGGCAAGAAGCUGUCUUACUGCAUCGCCUUCUCCAAAGACGGCGCCACAGAUGUCACCAGACGCUACGUGCGUAGCCAGCGGUCCGCGCACGAGCGCAGACUAGCCACUGAGCCCGAGCUCUUGCACAUUCUGGACGAAAUAUGCACCGAACGGAGGAAAGACAUGCCUGAUGAGCAGAAGAAGCGCUUGAGGCGGGAAGACGAGUGCGAGCAAGACGAGCUGCAAAAGUUCGUGUCCAGACAGAUUACGCAGGAACUCUGCAAGCUUGACGUGACCAAGGUCAGCUCAGCCUGCGUUAAUGAGCCAGACGCGGAUGGGGGAAGAAGGGCGUCUACGAAAAGGUGGAUGCUGACGGACAACGUGGUGAUGGGAUGA